AUGCUUGCUGGCAGAUCCGUUGGAAGCGCCGCCUCCACCGACUUCGGCAAGGUGCAGGCCUGGCUGCGCUCCAAGCCUUUCAGCCGCGCCAGGCCGUCAGCCGCCGCCGCUUCCGACAUCGCCAGCAGCACCGACGACAGCCCGUCGUCAUCUUCCUCCGCCCCUGUGAGCUGGACGCCCCUGCUGAGCUCCAGCGUCUUCUUCUCUGUGGCCGCCCACUCUGUCCUGGCGCUGCGCCGCGUGCACCAGGCCCGCCUGCGCCACUCUGACGUUAAGGAGGGCAACCUGCUGGUGGGCCGCGACGGCUACCUCACACUGAGCGACCUGGGCGUCACCGGCCGCGCGCGCGACCACGGCCUCGACACGGAGAGCUCGGCCUACUACAUGGCCCCGGAGCAGCUCGCGCCCAAGUCGCCGCAGCGCUCCAUGCGCGUCGCGCUUGCCACUGUGGGGUGCACGCUGCGCUGCACCGACAGCCGCCCCAUCGACGUGUGGGCGCUGGGCAUGACAUUUGUGCGCCUGCUCGUCAACCCGGCUGACUACGAGAGCGCCUAUGACGCCAUCCACGCGGGCUGCUGGGUGCCGCCGGCCCACGUUGGCCGCGAGCUUGCGCACCUCCUGAGCUGCAUGCUGCGGCGCGACCCCUCACGCCGCAUCACUGCCAAGCGAGUGAUGCGCCACCCCUUCUUUGUGAAUGUGGACUGGGCUGCGCUGGAGGGGCGUGGUGGUGAGAUGGCUGUCGACCUUGGGCAGGCGGCGGCGCUGGGCAGGGCCUGCUACGGCUUUGCGUCCUGA